GCCCCUCCCCAGGCACCCAUCACCUGCAGGCGCCCGGUGAGGGGCCGGGCCCAGCGCCGUCCCCUCAGCCCGGCAGAGCCGCGCUCCCGCCGCCCGCCGAGGGACAGCCCCGCCGCGGGGCUGCGGAGCGGAGGAAGCGGCAGCAGCCCCCGCCCCGCCCUGCCCGGCUCCCCCUCGGGCCAAGGGCUGGGCUCCCCGCCGGGCGAGGCAGUGCCAGCCGGCCACCUCCCCUCCUCCUCUUCUUCUUCCUCCUCCUCCUCCUCCUCCUCGCCUUCCUACUUCUGCACCGGCUCCGCUCCGGCAACGCCGCUACCCCUCCGCCGCCAGGGCUGCCACAGACCCCCUCCCUCCCUCCCUCCCUCUCCCCCGCCCUCCGCCCUGUCCCCAGCGCCGCCGCCACCGCUUCCACAAGAUGGCGGGGACCGUGGCGGAGCGGGACGCGCUGAAAAUAGAGGACGGGCAUUUAAACAACUCCCUGGGAUCUCCGGUGCAAGCUGAUGUGUACUUCCCUCGCCUGAUCGUCCCCUUCUGUGGGCACAUCAAAGGAGGAAUGAGGCCGGGAAAGAAGAUCUUAGUUAUGGGCAUAGUGGACCUCAACCCCGAGAGCUUUGGCAUCAGUCUGACUUGUGGAGAGUCAGAAGAUCCUCCUGCGGAUGUAGCCAUAGAACUGAAAGCUGUGUUUACAGAGAGACAGUUUGUCAGAAACUCUUGUGUAGCUGGAGAAUGGGGGGAAGAGCAGUCGUCUAUUCCUUACUUUCCAUUUAUACCGGACCAGCCUUUUAGGGUUGAGAUUCUUUGCGAGCAUCCCCGUUUUAGAAUAUUUGUGGAUGGACAUCAGCUGUUUGAUUUUUACCACCGUAUUGAAACACUGUCAGCAAUUGACACAAUAAAGAUAAAUGGAGAUCUUCAGCUUACAAAACUGGGCUGAGCUUGUUAGGACUGCAGAUUCCAAACCAGCUCAGGUGCCAUCGUCUGUUGGGAGCAGUGACAGCCGGCUCUGGACACAGCUAUGGUAGGAAGGCUGCCCUGUUCCUUUUCCGCAUGCAGUUCUUCACUCCUGUGCCGAUGAACCGGGCUGUUUUUUAUCCUAACGAAGAGCACUGUUGGUUUAUAGACAUUAAGCCGUUUUUCUUGGAUCAAAGUAGCCCACCUGUGCUGGAUAAUCAAAUUGGAAUGGAUUCAGAAAGACUUGCAGUCUCGUUUCAAGUCUCACAGAAAAGGCAGUCUCUGAAAUGGAGCGCUAAAACCGGUUACUGAACAGUAGUGACGACAAAAACAAGUUUUUCUUUUGCAAAUAUUGUUUCUGCACUGAAGUGGAGUAGUGUAGCACAACAUAGGGCCAUGUGCUGAUGUCCUUACCCAGGGCCUGAGCCUGGUUCCAUGGAAAUCAAUGGCAAGACUCCCACUCACUUUAAUGGGGUACAAUCAAACUGUCUAGUCCUUAGUCAAGCACAAUUCCCACUGAUUUCUAUGGCUUUUUUGCACACACCUUGGGUCUGCUCAUCUGCUGGUGUAAAUCAGCAUUACCUCCAUAGCUUGUAAUGGAAUUUUGCUGAUUUCCCUCAGCCGCUGGUUUGGCCCAAGGACUGUGCAAAAACUGACUGAGGGUGUAUCGACACAGCCUGUGUAUUUUAGUCAGGGUAUUUGCAUAGAAUGUAGAUCGUUAUGAGUUUUUGCACAACGUAUUGUUAAUGCAAUUUUUAAAACUUAUCUGUAGUUUAUUUAUUUAUACUCAUUGUAUGUAUUAUUAGUAAAAAUGAACGAUCUUACUGACAAUUAAGAGCAGCAAAGUGUAAACAUUUUGAAUGUACAAAAUGUCUUAGGUUCUUCGGGUAAACUUUACAUAUCGUUACUGAAAAACCAUGUUUCCUAUCGCACAUUUAGUUACAUUUUAAUGGAGCCCUCUAGGCCCUGGGAAAACGUGGGCAUGGUAGUUGGUGGGGGAGAGCUCGGCAUAUUCACUAGAAUCUGUUUUUCAGGGCUUACUAACUUAGCUGCACAGGAUAGGUUUGAGUUGAAGUCGAUCCAUUUUAAAAACUUAAACAGCAAAUUUGUGGGUUUUCUGUUCUUUCAUAACCUGAGAAAAAGUUAAAUUUGGCAAUCUCUUAGUUCAGGAAGAGAACCAGCCUUUUUCCAAGGGAGAUGGGAAAUUCUUUACACUUGUUUGAGAACAUAUUUGGCCUUUGAUAUGACAAUUAAAACUUGUCUAGACAGCCAAGUUAUUAAUGCUUGAAAAUCAGCUACUGCACAUGAAUAAUAACUUUUCAAGUAGCUUUUUAAAUAGUAGGUAUAUCUGUAUAAACACAGUCAUUGCUCUACACUAUAAAUGAACACAGCCACUUUUCUUGACUUCUUUAGGACUAAAUACACUUUUUUCCUUGGCUGCUCACAGUGGACUUUAGUGGGUCUUUCUGAGUAGUUGUAAUGAUGAUAUAAACAUACAUUUAGGCCAUUUUGAAAACACAUAAUGUAGGGACUAAAACACAGACUAUAAAAACAUCCUUUAUAGCACAGUAUUUAAGAAAAAACAAAAAAAGUAUCUCACACACAGAACUAUAUUAAACCUACAAUAAAAGUGUGGUUUAAAGCAACCAGAACUGGAAUAUCUAAAGUUAAGGGUAGAAUGCCAAUGCAAAGCCUCAUUUUGUGCUAAUUUGGCCUGCAGUUAAGAAGCCUUAGACGUGCAAGCUGAAAUUCCAACUGUGGCUCUAGUCCAAAGCCUGUUGAGGUCAAUCAGAGUCCUCCAAGCAUAGAAGCCUGAUUCUUAUUUCUUGCAAGUGCAAAUCUCUUUGUAAAGCAGGGGAGGUUGUUGCUGCGGCUGCUGCAGAUGAAUUAAGAAUCAGGCUGCCACCUAUAAAAUACAAGUUAAAAUUUUAAGUUUUAGCCUUAACAUUCAAUGUUCCCUGACUUUUCUUCCUACUUCCAAAAUAAAAGAGAACUUGUUGUUUUCCAGAUGAACUUUUUAUCUGAUGUGUGGCUUUUAAUCUGUACAUCAGAUUCUAUUUGUACUCCAGAUUGAACUGAAAUGUUCCUGUCUUGCUCUGUUUUUACUCUUUUACAUGAUACAUAAUGACUGUGUCAUUUUCCAUUGUAUAAAGAAUGCUGACAGUGUUUCGGUACAAAAUAUAUUCUUAAAAAGUAUGAUAAUAAAAAUCCAAGGGAAAGGUGCUUCUA